GUGGAUUCGCCGUGCUGGAGCAACAGAUCAACGCGCAUGCGCACUUGAUUGUUUUGACUGAAAAUGCCGUCGGUUUCGAAAACGGCGGCCAAUGCGUCUCCUCAAACCGAGAAACCAACCCAUUAUACCUACUUGAAGGAGUUCAGAACCGAGCAGUGCCCGCUGUUCCUGCAGCACAAGUGCACGCAGCACAGACCGUUUACGUGCUUCCACUGGCACUUUCUCAACCAGAGGCGGAGGAGACCCAUCCGCCGUAGGGACGGCACCUUCAAUUACAGCCCCGACGUCUACUGCACCAAAUACGACGAGACCACAGGCAUCUGCCCGGAUGGAGACGAUUGUCCUUAUUUACACCGGACCACGGGUGACACGGAGCGCAAGUACCACCUCCGCUAUUACAAGACGGGCACCUGCAUCCACGAGACAGACGCCCGGGGGCACUGCGUGAAGAACGGCCUCCACUGCGCCUUUGCUCACGGUCCGCACGAUCUCCGACCUCCUGUUUAUGAUAUCAGAGAGAUUCAGGCACAAGAGGCGCUCCAGAAUGGACAGCUGGGCUCCAGCGAAGGUAUUCCCGACCUGCAGCCCGGCGUAUUAGCCAGCCAAGCCAUGAUCGAGAAGACCCUGACGGAGGAUCCCAGGUGGCAAGACACCAACUUUGUUUUAGCAAACUACAAGACAGAACAGUGCACAAAACCGCCCAGAUUGUGCCGACAGGGCUACGCUUGUCCGCACUACCACAACAGUCGGGACCGCAGACGCAAUCCGCGUAAAUACAAGUACAGGUCAACUCCGUGCCCCAGCGUGAAACAUGGCGACGAAUGGGGCGAGCCUUCCAAAUGCGAAAGCGGCGACGCCUGCCAGUAUUGCCACUCACGCACGGAGCAGCAGUUUCAUCCAGAGAUCUACAAAUCCACCAAGUGCAACGACAUGCGACAAACCGGCUACUGUCCCCGGGGGCCAUUUUGUGCCUUUGCACACGUGGAAAGAAUCCCCUCCGCCGAGGACACCAUGAGCUCGUUGCUAACGGCGAUACAUUCCAGCUCGCAUUCCCAGCCGGGCUCUCAGCAGUAUUCCGAGUGUCCACUCGGCGAGUGGACGACGGCCGGCGGCUCCAACACCAGCAACGGACAAGUGGCCAGUACACAAAAUAGCGUUUUCUGCGCUGUGAACCCGCUGGCGUCGAGCUUCACCUCCAGCAUAACGUCCAGCUUGGCCUCCAGCAUUGGCUCGGACAGCUCCUCCCCGACCACCUUGUCCACCAUGAACGCAAAAGCCACUCCCUUUUAUCCCGGGAGCAACACAGUGGAAUCGGUUAUAGGAUCCGCUUUGGAUCUCAACUUUUGUGACAUCAACGUUGCGUCGCUUGAUAAGGAGCUAGAAGAACAAGAAAACAAUAUUGGGCUGGAAAGUCAAAGAAUGCUCGGUGGCUCGGCCCCGGUCAACAUUCCCGGCUCGCUGGCGCGCUCGUCCUCCUUCAACUCCUCGUCGUCACUGUCCACCUCGCCGCUGAGCUCACUGUCGCAGUCGCAGUCACUGCUGUCCGGCGUCGUGUCGCAUCACAACCACACGGCUAACAUGUUGGCCAAGCACGAGCAUGGCUUGCUGGGAACGCCGACUUCUUCUUCCCAGAAUUCCUUAGGCUUAAACGGCGCCAGCAGCAUUUGGGACUUUGUGAGCGGCAGCUUUUCACCAAGUCCGUCUCCGGUCUUCAGCAGCCUGACGGGCAGCGGCGACGUCUCGCGUCUCUUUCGGGAACUGGAUGAAGCCAAGAGGAAAAUUAAACAGUGGGAGGAGGCCUGGCAUCAGAUCAAACAGGCGUACGAAAACUGCCAGAAAGAAGCCCACGAAGCCAAGGAACAAGCCAAGGCGGCGGAGGGGGAGCGGCAGCUGGCGGAGCAGAAACGUGACGGGACGGAGCGCAAGUUGAAGGACCUGAGGGGCGAGUUUGACGCUCUGUGCCGAGCGCCCGGAACGCCGCUCCUGCGCAGCUACGGCGAGCUGGACCAGCUGCCCCUGUCCAAACUACACUCGCUCAAGAACCAGCUGCGCAACGACCUCGACGCCAUCGACAGGGUCAUAUAUCUGCUUCAGUCAAAGAAAUGUCUCGUUUGCCAAAAGCGCGGCCGCUGCGUCGUGCUGCAUCCGUGCCAACAUUUCGUUCUAUGCGAGAGCUGCGCGUCCAGCAAAACCGAAUGUCCCUACUGUCAAACGACAAUACUCAAGUGGUGAUGCACACUCACACACCAGAGGUACUAUUUAGAAGAAACUACUAAUAGACAGCAAAUUUUUGUAUAUUUCAUAGAACAGUUAAAAACGCUGAAUGAAAUGAUGCUUGACUCAUAUAAAUCUUUAUCAAAACUCCGAAUCGUGUACAUGAGAUUUGGAUGUGUAGGUUUUUGCUCAUUUUACAUGGCCAAUAUCUUCAGUGAGCAAAAAUACGCACUUAAAAUGGGCAACAAUUUGACAUCCACUUCUGCUUUAGUUAAAGAGGAACAAUUGUCGAAAAAAAAAUCACUUUUAUUUUGCGGAGAACAUAUUGUGAAAUUUAACACUAUGCAGAGUGAAUCUUUGACGUAUAUAUAUAAAUAUAUAUAUAUGAAACAAAAAUAUUUGUAUUGCGAAAUGAUCAAGUGUUUUCAGGUAUUAGCGCUGAAUGUUCCCUUUUAAGUAACCCCCCCCAAAUAUGAGCUAAUAUGAAUGCAGCUAGUCAAGCAAUUAUUCUGACCAAUUUCCUGAAGAUUUCUUAAUUCAAGCACUUUGUUGACAUGGGACUAUUAAAAGGGUAUGUAGACAUUUUGUUUAAGCUGCUUCGUAGGUAUUUGUUUGGUUUUUUAACUAGUCAUACUUUUUAUAAAUAUACCUAUAAGUGUAUACAUAUAAGCUAAUGCUUUUUAGUGUGUACCGUGAGACAUAAAUGGAAUAUUUCACGUUUCCUGUUGUUAAGUCAUGGCAUGAUUCUGGAUAGUAAGAUUUAAUAGCAAAAUAAAAGUAUUUAAUAGUUUCUACUUUCAUAGUUAGGUUUAUAAAUACAUUUUGGAAAGGAAAAAAAAAACAAUCAAGUGCAAAUUUAUGAUGCGUUUUAGGCAUAACCAGCAGCAGUAAUAUGUGUAAAGUGCACACACGCUACACGUGGUUCAAUCAAUCACUUUUUGUUUUUUGUAAAGAUUUCUAAGGAGGAGCAUGUGUUGUCUCUUUUACGUGUGUAGGAAACUAGCCUCGAGAACAUAUCGGCCUCCAGUUCAAAAGUGCCUUAAGGUCAAAUUGUAGAAGCAGAAAAGCUUGUUUUUGGUGUUAAAAAAAAGUUGACUUAAACAUCAUGACCAUAGUGUAUGUAGUUUAGGCCCAGUUUCAUAAUUAUGCUAAUUAGAAUUUUUUUUUUUUUUUUUUUUAAAUGGAACAUUACCAGUGCCUGCGUCCUUUUCGCAGGCCGCGGUGCUCUUCCCGUGCAGCUUUUGCUCUUUGGAGAUUUUCUUUCCUGGCCGUAUGCAAACAGAAAAAGCUAUUAGGACAAUUUCCGUUAUUAACAUCAUCAAGUCCGUCUAAAAUGACCUUCUACUGUGUCAAUGAAUCGACUCUUUCACACUCGCUCUCGCUUUACAAAAGAAAGUGUCUCCAGGUAUAAUUGAAUUAAGCUACUUGUUAAGUUUACAUUCCCCAAUGGGCUCAGUGGAGAAAAAAAAAAAAUCGCAAAAGAAAUUUGCUGACUUAAAGACGUGGCUGUAGCUAUAAUGAUUCAAAAUGGACCAGCGAUCUAGCAAUCGUAAAUCCCAACAAAGAGGACCACCCACUGUUUUAGAACGAGAGACUCGUGCUGCCUUCCAGAAAACUGGGAAGUCUGACAUUUUGUCCGUAAAUCAAAACACACACGAGUUUUACGAACAUCCAAAACAACAAAUUAGCCCAAAUUACCUUUCAUUGUAUUUUAUUCUGUAAUAAAGAAAAAGAGCCAAGUUGGCCCCCCAAAAAAUAUUUUCUCUCGUCCAGAUUUUUGCCAUGUUUUUGUUUGCAUCACAACUUUAGACCCAACGUAAGCAUUUAAGCUUGUCUCAAGCACUGAUCGGUAUCUUUCCGACUUCCCGGCAGCCUCGAACGCAGCACUAAAUCUUAAGAAUUUUUUUUUUUUUUAAAGAGACAAUGUUGUCUUUCGAAUGGAUGAGUUCCAUCCACUCAUUUCUAUACAGUUUGUAUUUUCCUACACAAUGUACAAAGCCUAAAAAGCUUCCGCUUGAGCCAUACGAAAAUUGACAAUAAUCAUUGACUGUAAUCGUGUCACACUGCCAGACUGUAGUUCGACUGUACGCCUGACCCAUUCGGACGUAAAAUCAUAUUAAUAACUAUUGUAAAAAGUAUUCACGCAGUUCCAUCACAAAUUCUUUUCAAAUCAUUUGAAUGACUUUUGUAAGACGUUAGGAUCCCGGUAACUGCCCGUUCAAUGAUGUCACCGACCCGUACUGCUGUAAAUUGUCAAAAGUGUUUGUUUUUCUUUAGUUUUUAAAUUGUUUAAUUUGACAGGGUCCUUCGGUCUUCAACAUUUUGCCUGUAAAUAAAAAUGAUAAUAAUAUUAACGAUGUCUCAUGCAAAAUUUAGAGUAACCGACCAAAGUGUUUCUCGUAGUUGUGCAAAUAUUCCAAAAGAUCUUUAAAAGGGGACUCCACGUGUCGCUGGGGAGCACAAAUGAAUGCCCGCGCGAGACGUGGAAUUCCAUUUUGGAGGGCCUUUGCUGUUUCACUUAACGGCUAAAUCACUUUUAUUCUUAACAUCAACGCACCUGAGCCCGUGUUUGUUGCAGUUUUACCAAAGACCUGUACUUUUUAGUUUUUCUUUCAGUCACAAAUGUAGGUUGGUAACGGCUAAGGAAAAUAAUCACCUACCACCUUAAAUAGUCAAUUAGCAGGAAUCAAUUAUUUUUCCCUGAGUUGAGUUUAAAAAUACAGACAAAUCUCGACUAAUGGUGUUUUUACGGCCGAUUAAAGGGUUUCGUUGAGAACGGUGAAGGGAUUGAAUGUGCUACUGAAGUGGCUACAUAACCUUCACUUUUUUUUUUUUUUUUUUUGAAGUUUACUUUAUUCUAAAUGGUUGGUUUAUUCAUUUGUCUACUGUUUAUGAUACUGUUCAGUGCUUUUAAUUCAGUGUCCAGUAAGUGAGGUUAUCUGUGGCAGAUAGACUGAAUUCAUCCCAACAAAACAAUCCCAGAAGUCCACUUUGUAAGCACUGCGGUUUAUUAUGACUUUUUGUGCCUUUUUUUAAAUUAAAAUUUGUGCUAUCCGGAAAGAUGAAAAUGGUCAAAUUUCCCAGAAUUAGGAACCAGAAAUUGAGUGCCUUACAUAAGUCAAGUGGACAGGCCAAUUAAGUGUGAUUGGUAUGAAAACAAGACAAGAACUUAAAAAAACAAAAACAGCAAUAUCCAGUUACUAAGGACACAAUUUAGAUCAAUCUGGCACCAAAUGGGAAACAAAAAGCACCAAAUAGGAAGAUUUUUGUAAAUGAACUUUACACGGCAUACUUUUGAAUCUGUUUUACAUUCUAGUUGUUUCGUCUAGAGUGUUUGUCGUCGUUUUUGAAUGCUAUGAACACGCCAGCCUGAAGAUUUAUGCAAUCGUGUGUAAUGAGUGUCAUGUUGGAAUUGAAAAUGGCUUACUAGUACGAUUGUUGUGGAAAUUACAAAAAAAGAAAAAAAGAAUCAAUGUGGAACCAGUCGUUCCAUGUACUGUAGACAUGUUGUUGUUAUUAUUAUUACUAUCAACAUUUUGAAGCCCUGAAAUAUUGAAUGUAUUGUUCUAAAUUAGAUAUUCAAUGAAGAGGUCACUGGAAUCUUAUUAUUGCGGAGCUCAGUUCAUUCAUUUUGAUGUAGCAUCUAGUUGUAAACUGCUAUUCAAUAAAAACAAAUGUAUUAGCACUAAAGGUGGUUAUUUUUUCUACGUUAUUGGAGUGCUUGAAUGGAAACUGGAUUCAGUGGGUUCAUUCCUGUCAGUCUGUAUGAAUAUUGAAAUAGUUUUUGUGAUAAUAUGUCGGAAUUCAAGCUGAUAAAAACAAAAAUUUUACUGUCGGUAUUAAAUUCUGUGUUGUGAACACAAACAUACCGUAUAGGUGCAAGUCUUAGAGUACUACCAGAUUGUUUUUUUUUUUCUUUAUUAUUUUUCAGUUUCUACAUUAAUGAUUGUGUAUUGCAUAUAUUCUGUAGUGUAUGGCUAGUUUGUUAACACUUGUUAAAUUGUUACACUACAGUGUUGUAAUGGUUUACAGAGUUCACAAGAUUAUAUUUUAUCAUCUGGACAAUUAAACAAAUUUUUCAUCUCA